GUAAACGAAUCUAAAAAGGAUUUCCAAGAUUAUAUAAAAGAUAAUAAAGCACCUGGAUUGCCUGCGACCAUAUCGAUCAAACAAUGCUUGCAAUAAUUGAGAAUGGCGUUAAACAUAACUGCGGAAAGCAAACGGGCUGCAAACUCGAAUGCUUGCACCGUUUAUAGCAGGGUGCCGUUUGCCGGGAUGGAUCGGACGAAGAUCAUGUUUUGCACGGACGUGGACAAGUCCGUGAUCGUCCACAACUUCGAGAAACGCGGCUGGACGCAAGUCGGCCCGGAGGACGAUUGGAAUUUUUAUUGGGCCGUGACGCAAUCCUGCAGGAAUAUCUUCAGUGUUGAAACUGGAUACAGGAUGGAUGACAACCAAAUGAUUAAUCACUUCCCGAAUCAUUACGAGCUGACACGCAAGGAUCUCCUGGUGAAGAAUAUCAAGCGGUACCGAAAGGAUUUGGAGCGAGAAGGGAAUCCUUUGGCGGAACGCGCAGAUGGUCCAGGCAAAUAUUUGUACCUCGACUUUAUACCAGUGACCUUCGUUUUACCUGCAGAUUAUAAUAUGUUCGUGGAAGAGUAUCGCAAAUCCCCGCAGAGCACCUGGAUCAUGAAACCGUGCGGCAAAUCGCAAGGCGCCGGAAUCUUCCUCAUCAACAAGCUGAGCAAACUGAAGAAAUGGUCUCGCGAAGCGAAGACCCCGUUCAAUCCCAACUUGACGAAGGAGUCGUACGUCAUAUCUAGAUACAUCGACAACCCGUUGCUGAUUGGCAGCAAGAAAUUCGACCUUCGACUGUACGUCCUCAUCACGUCGUUUCGGCCGCUCAAGGCCUACCUCUUCAAGUUGGGAUUCUGCCGCUUCUGCACCGUCAAGUACGACACCAGCGUUCAAGAGCUCGACAACAUGUACGUGCAUCUGACGAAUGUGUCUGUGCAAAAGCACGGUGAUGAAUAUAACAGCAAACACGGCGGGAAGCUGAGCGUCCAGAAUCUGCGUUUGUACCUGGAGAGCACACGAGGUAAAGCUGUUACGGAGAAGCUGUUCGCCAACAUCUCCUGGUGCAUCGUGCAUUCGCUGAAAGCAGUCGCUCCGGUGAUGGCGAACGAUCGUCAUUGCUUCGAGUGCUACGGAUAUGACAUCAUCAUCGACAAUAAAUUGAAACCGUGGUUGAUCGAAGUGAAUGCCUCGCCUUCUCUAACAUCCACGACAGUGAACGACAGGAUCUUGAAAUACAAACUCAUUGACAAUAUCGUGUCGGUGGUUCUGCCUCCGGACGGAAUGCCUGACGUGAAAUGGAACAAAUCACCUUCCCUGGAGGCUCUGGGAAACUUCGAGCUACUCCUGGACGAAGAAUUGGCAGCUCAAGACGAGAGGGAGGGUUCAUCAAACAAGUAUCGCGGCUCCUCCCUCAGCAAAUGGAAAUAAAUAUCAUAUUAUUAAUUAUUAAAUAAUUAAUGAAUAUUAAAUGAGAGAGAGAAUAGAUAUCCAGGUAUACGUUUAUUAAAAUAUUCGAGUACCCAGAUUUCCAAAGGAUAACUAGAAAAAAAUCAAUUUUUAAAUUAAGCAACUAAAAAUUAAAAUUA